GUAAAAUAGUCUUAGACUCAACGAAUGACUUCACGAUUAGUUAUUCAACCAACAGUUACCGUUCAAAAUGCACACCUUAAGGAAAAGUUUCUGCAUUUUGGUGAUACUUAUCAUCGCCGCUCUUGUACGCACGGCUACAGGUGGAAAAUACUCCAGAUUUCGAUUAACCGACGUCCAACGAAAUUCAGUCAACAAUGUACCGUGUACAUGUGCCAUCUUCCUUACCGGUCAGUUCAAUCGUUUCAACCGUACGGAACAACCGAAAGGCAACCCUGGAAUUCAGCUGGAGCUGAUGCAACAUUUCCCCUGUACGGCAUCCGGCAACAAGCAGUGCUCGAACAAAUGUUUGGAUUCCAUCGUGAAACAUCUUCCAAACUCUCAGAAUGUCAUUUGUCCCACCAUCGACCGAGACUGUUUCCGUGAGCGAGCCUAUUUGUUUUACCAAAACUGUGCUCCCCGAUGGGUGAACAGCAAUCUGUCGGCUGGAAAAGAAUUCUGCUGCCAGAACGAUAAGCCAAUGCGAUGCAACCUGAUGGCGGAGCUUAUACGACAAUCGUUGCGCGAAAACGACACCAACAACACUACCAGCACCAGUUCCGAUGAACAAAACGUAUCAAACCGGUGAUAUAUUGUGCGGCAAUUGAAUAAAUACGGUACAUGCACUAACCA